CUAUCAUUGAUCGGGGUCGUAGUAACGGGGUCGAGCGGCGGCCAUCUUUGUUGUCAUUGUGGCCACCAUCAGCUGAUAAUCUCACUUGCUGUUGUAAAUGGUUGAUUUUCUCAGCCUUUGCUGGCCUUAACUCUCGAUGUCAAAUAUUACGAGUCCUCAGCGAUUUUCGGGGACCUUUGACCACUUCUAUGAUGGGCAUUAUGAGCCAGAUAUUAGCACCCAGAUGAAGGUGCCCAAAAGAAUACGAGUCACAGGUGAUAAUGAGGAUGACCCUACUGUUAACUGGGCCCGCUUCAAUGGCAUUAACGAGAAGUUUGAGAUGACGGUUCCUGAUCGCAUUGUUGUGGCAGGUGGGGAUCAGCACAUAGGUACUCGAGGAGUGCCCAGAGAGGUGGAGCUGGAGCAGUCCAUCAUGCCACAACCAGAUCCAACACUAUACAGAGUGCAGACCCCUCCACGGACUAUUACUUUGGACACCUAUACUUAUCCUGGUACCGAGGACGUUUCACCAGCAGCAGAGGACCGAGAGAGCAGCACUCCAGGCUCAAUUCCUACUAUUCUUCCUCGCAACAGUAAUUCCUUCAUACAUCCUGUCGAAGAUCUGGAUCUUGGGCCAGAGAAGAGCUCAGGCUACAUGUUUCAUGUUACAGAGGGGCAUGAUAGUGGCACACCAGGAAUCACUACAGACCUGAGCCCAAGUGAAGAAGUGUCUCUACUGAGACGGCAAGUUGGGCGCCUCAACCGUCGGGUAAUGGCUCUCGAAUUGGAUACUCAGCAACGUGCCAAUCGAGAAAUGAUUAUGUAUACUCUCGGUGUCGCUUACUUCCUCAUUAAGGCCUUGUUAUGGUUGAACAGAAACUGAACAGAGAGCAGAAGAUUUGAUAUUAUGGUAAUUAAAUUGUUAGGACUUAUUAAUUUGGUGUUACUCACUGUUGAAAGUUUGCUGUUUUCUCUUGGGUAAACUCAGAGCCAUGUUAUUAUUAGGCCUGUGUGCAACGGCAGGGAACAGCUAUCACUUCUUCACUAGUCAGAAACACUUAUUUAUUCCUUUUUGUAUAUUGAAAUAAUUUUAGUAAAUUAAAAUGAGAGUUACCAGAUAACUUGUAUGAACAGACAUGUUAUUGUUGUAUAUUUCCUAUACUGUAUAAACUUUAGAUUUAUGUAAAAAAUUGGCUAAAUCUUUGCCAGAAUUUCAGGUGCAGAUUUGUUAAGAAAAUUGAGAAAUUCUGAAUGGUUUUUGUUGUAACAGAAACCAGCUUAUUGAUGCCUAAAGCUUGAAGAUUAACAUAAGCAAAUGUAAUCCAAAGAGUUGCAAAAGUAGUUAUUGUAUACAGUGAGGCAAACAAGCAUUUUGUGGUUGUAGUUUGUGAUGCACACUGCUGAAGCCGACUCGAUUUAUAAUCCUUAAUGAAAAAAAAGGAAGUUUGCUGAGUGCUAAAUAAAGACAUCUCUGUAAUAUAUAUAUAUGUAUGUUAGUGUGCUAAUGUUGUUUGCGAUUAUGUAUACUGUACAAGCAGUCUUCGUUUGAGUGUGUUUGUAUCAAGCAUAAUUUGAAGUCAAAUGUGAAAUUGAAUUGCAGAUUGUUUUGAUGUUGGGUAACUUUUUAUAUAAUAUGGGAUCAUUCACAAUUCAGGUUCAUGCUAUAGAUUGAUAAGGUACUCCCCUACCAUCUACUAAUGCCACUUUUGUGAUUAUGGCAAACCACGAUUUUGUUUUUACAUUUUUAAGGGCUAAGACCUGAUAUUGUAUUGUACAUCAGCUCGCUUUGAAACAGAGCCCUGGCAUUGGUGUAUUCCUUUAGCUAUAUGGCCAGUUAUUCACUGCUUGGUUCAUGGAUUUUUAGCUAGUGUACAGUAUUAUGACAUUAUUCACACAGUUGGCUCCCAGAACCACUAACUAGCAAUACAGUAUUAUGCUAUGAGCUGGAUUUGCAGAUCCCUGACUCGUAUGUGGUAUGCUGUUAUCUGUUAGUUUGGCUCCCUGAUCCAUGACUUGUGCAUAAUUACAUAUAUCGGUUAGAAGACCUGUUUGUAUUGAAACUGACCAAAAUAUCAUGAAAUGUACUGUUAAUGGGUACAGGGGUCCAGAAUGCAUCUCCCCUUUACCCAUUGAAGUAAACUUCAGUGUUCAUGAAUUCACCUAGAAGCUCCUUGUGGAGCUCAUCACUUAUGGAUGCUAAAGGAAUACAAUUCUUUGUAUAAUUUUUAUACUAUACGUGGAUUUUGCACACUCCCACUAGUGUAAUUACCUUUUGUAUUUGGGACCAAUAUUGGCAUGGAAUUUGGUCUUUUCACUUCAGUAAAUAAUUACAAUAAAUACUUCAUAUACAGUGCCAUUGUUACACCCUAAACAUCCACUUUGAAGGGACACAACAUUUGUAUUUUAAUAUGGCUGUAGUGUAGAGGUCAUCUGAUAGGUUUGGGUAAUAACAACAAUUUACAAAGGAUAAGUAAGAUCAGAUGACUGGUUAAUUUUUCAACUUUAGCAAAAUAAUUGAAACAGAACAGUGUGCCACUAUGUAGAAAUUUUAGUACUGUAUUGUGAUUUUUGUAUUGUUUAUUAUUAUUUUUAUUAUUAUUGGUAUUACUAUUAAUACCUAUACUUUUUAUUUGUUAUGGUUAUUAUUAUUUUUAUUGCAAAACAUAAUAAACAUCUGUACAAGUAU